AGGAUUAUGUAUGUCUGUAUGCUUGGUUGAAUUCAGUUUGUUUGUUUUCAACUAUUCACUAGACUAGAGUUCAAGGGUACUCUGGAAGUCAGGAUCGUCCAGUGAAUCUUUGCAGAUCAGGAUACUGGACAGAUAAUUGUUUGACCUUCCUCCUUGUGCCAGUUCUACGUGAGUGAUUCAAAGAGGCACUCCAGCAGUAGAAGCAGCAGUGUAGUGUGUACUGUACGUGGUCAGGUGAGGGAUGAUGCAAGCCCCAGCUGCGUGGCACAGCGUAGAAGACCCAAUGGCUUGAGCGAGGCAAUAAUGUCUUCAGCUGGAACAGCCAGUACGGCUGGUCAGAAUGGGUCGGAUAGAGCACCCAGUGCCGCCAUCCACCAGGCCAAGUCUGCUCUCAGCGUCUUGGCAAUAUCAGCAGAGGCCGAAAAGCUGGAAGCAGCACUGUACCAGUUGUGUAAAGUUGCACAGGUCCAGGACUGCUUUGAUGUGCUGGUGCACUAUGGAUCAUGCGGUGCGGUGCACUCAAUUCUAAACGUGUUCGAGAACUGCCAAAACAAUCCAAGUGUCUUGGUGGCCGCGUGCCACACACUGAAGGCGUUCGUAUGCAACUGUGAUGAGCUGCGUGUGCAAGCGGAGUCGCGCGAGGCCUACAAGGUCAUGCUGGCCGUCGCGGUACGCCACCCUGCCGAUGUGUUUGUCCAAGAGGCCAUGCUCUCUUGCCUGGCCAUCAUGGCCGAGCUGUCGGGCCCCGGCGAGUCGUCGCUGCGCGCCAAGCUGCGCGGCCAGAAGAUCCUGCCGCAGCUCAUGUCCACGCUGAGCACGUACAAUCUGGACGUGGCCGUGCAGGAGUACAUCUGCCGCAUCCUGGCCGCCUGCUUGACAUCAUCCAGUGGCACGCAGAGUCUGGACAGCGAGGAGCUGGACAUUGAGUGUGUGUCCGCGCUGGACUGGUUACUGCGUAGUGGAGAGUAUCGGCGUAUCUGUAACACCGUAGUCAGUCACGGAGGCAAGCGAGACAUCCAGCUGCACGCGUGCCGAGUGCUGAUGAGGCUGAGCAAUCAUCCGGUGCUGCGACCUCGACUGGUGAUGGAGGGGCUCCAUGAACACAUAUUGCGCAGUAUGAAGGACAUUCCGACCGAAGAGUUCCAGAUCACGGCGUGCGCGCUCCUCUCACGCCUGGCUCUGAUCGACGACUGGGACGCGCACGGUCGCAUCAUCACCUCCGGUGCUCUUAGUACUGUUCUCAAGGUCGCCAAGAAGCACUCGGGCUGCGCUCAGAUCCAGCAGUGUGCGUGCGUCCUUCUGGAACGCCUGGGAAAGGUUGCGCUGCAUUCGGACCACGACAUCAGCGGCUGGCUGCCACUGAUACGGCAAAUGAUGUCCGACCACACGCUCCUGGGGUCUGUACAGGCGGCAGCAUGCAGAGCUCUGUCCCGCUUGCUCAGCGUCGACCAAGGCAUUCAGGAUGAGAUCGGAGACCUCGGCGAGGAGAUCAUGAGUGAGCGCAAAACGUCGACGAGUGAGGAGCGCGACCAGCUGUACAAGCGCAAGCGUCCGCGCGGUUCAAGCGACGCCUUUCAGCUCCACCAUCAGGUCGUGAUCACGCUGAACCUGCACGGCAGUCUGAAUCGCGAUGCUGUCAUGGCCGAGGAGGCAUGUCGCUGCCUGUACUGGAUGUGCGAGGACAAUGCGCGCAUUCGCCGCUUGCUGCUGCAGAAGGGUGCGCACUCUACGAUCGUGACGUGUCUGAAGCGUCACGGUGACCACGUGGGUCUGAACGAGUGGGGCCUGCGGGCGCUACGCGAGCUGGCGCGCGGUGCCGAGCGCUGCUACAACGAUGUCUACAACUCGUCAGCUCACGACGUCGCGUUGCGGGCGCUAUCCACGUUCCCGAUGAAUCACGCCGUCGUGCACGAAGCCAUCGCGCUGCUCUCGUGCUUGUCGCUGGUCAAGACGUCCAUCGUGGGGCCAGACAGCAUGAGUGUGCACUCGACGCAGUACGGGCAAGUGGCGGCACUCAAGUUCUGCGACGACGGCUUCCUACCGGAUAUCAUGAAAGCGCUGUGUAAUCACGAGUCACAGAUGUUGCUAGUGGAGGUGGCAUUCGAGGCCAUCUCCAUCGUGCUCGAUCUUCUGCCCACACAGCGUCAAGAGCUCAUGGAGCUGAACGCUGUUGAUGUGAUUCUGCAGUGUAUGUCGAACUACGUAGAGGUGCAGGGUAUACAGAAGAAGGGGUUCAUGCUUCUGCGCUACCUGUCUAGCGAAGAGCUCUUCUGCGAUGAGGAUGAGGAGAGAGAUGCUGUGGACGGUGGCGUAGUGGUCGGUCUGCCCAACGAUGUCUGGGCCAAUCAAGCCAUGUUGGAUUUCCCUCUCCUCGUGGAGACUAACGCUGGAGCAUCUCCGGCCAUCAAGCGCUUUCUUGCCCAUCUGGACAGGAGGAAAACCGCGGGAGAGCCUAACAUGGCGGCGCCGCCACCACCGCCGGCCUCCGCCUCCAAGCCGUCGUCCGAGAGUAGCCUGGAUGACUCGUUGGACGUGCCGCUGCGGAGCAACGCCGAUCGCUGCAUCGAGGUGGCGUGUCUGGUGACUGUGGCACUGCAGAACUUCCUUGACGACGACGUCCUGCUGUGUGAAGCGUGUGCCGUCAUCAAGGAGCUGGCCGAGUUCGGUGACAAGAUCAAAAGCUGCUUUGUGGAGCAGUCCGCACAUCGCCAGCUGUUUGAGGUGCUGCGGCGUGACCAGCUGACCAAGACGGUACUGGAUCACGUGUGCUCCGCCGUGCACGUGCUCUGCUCGUCCGUCCUGAAGAACCGCAUGCUGCUGCAGGGCGUGGAGGACCGGGACAUGGUGGUGGUGCAGUUCCUGCUGCAGAACGGCGCCGACGUCAACUGCAUCGACAAGUUCAACAACAUCACGCCGCUCAGCUGGGCGGCUCGCAACGACGACGACGUAAUGGUGCGCAUGCUGUUGCGCUACGACAUCAGCGAUUACCGCUCGCCGCUUCGCGAGGCCCUGGACAUCCGGUCCAACUCGAUCAUCUCUAAGAUCCUGGGAGCGAUCGUCAACGACCAGCACCUACCAGGUGUGGCCAGCCUGAGCGGCUAUGAGCUUGAAGGUCUGUGUUCGGCAUGGCUAUCACAAGUCAUGUCACCGUCCUUGCCGUCGCUGCCACCAUCCCGCCGUCAGUCCGUCUUCAUGGACGGCACGGAGCUGAAGGCACAGCGCUGGCUUAUUGGCUGUCAGGCAGCGUCGCGACGCAGCUCCCUUACGGGCGCUGACUCGCGGCCGACCUCGCCGACCGGCAAGCGUCGCCCGAACAUUGCUGCUGCACCCGUGUCGGUAUUCGGCACGCCUUCCGUAUCGAUUGCGGAAGAGCAGAGCCCAAUGUUGGAACGUCCUGCCGCUGACUCUUUGAUGGACAGUCAGGGCGUGCGUAUGAAUCUGUUCUCCGCCGCCAUCAACUCUGGUCCGAGCGACGUUCAGCCGUCAUUGAGCGGUGGCCUGUUGCUAGAUCGGCCGCCCGUCGGCGGCUUCGUCUCUCCGUCGAUCUACUCAACCAACCAGGCAGCCGGCGAGGGUGCACAGGUACGACCGUUGGAUCGUCGCGUGAUCGUGGACCUGCCGCAGCCACUCGCCGGAGAAGACUUACAGUCGCCGCUGACGCAGGUGGCGCCACGUCUCAUUCGCAGCCACUCGCCCACGCUCAGCGGUUCGGCGUAUCUACCGUACGUUACGCGCACCUCUCCGCCACUGGUCAGUGUGUCCUCGGAGGCCAUGGACCACCUUCCAUCUCCAACGUCACGAGCCGGUACCGUCUCGGCAUUGCCCCACGUCCAGCACCAGUUGUUACGCUCCAAGACGAAGUCGAGUACGUUUGUCAGCUCGCCGCAGACCAUGCACAAGAGCAUCGUCAGCGGCCCAGACACGGCAUCCAGUCGGGUCGCACCGGCUCGCAACGUCAGCUCCCUGGCAUACGCCAGCGAUUCGGACAUCCAGGCGGCUACGUCCAAGGCGCUGCGUUCCCCUCGGCUACCCGUUGUGCGCAGCAGCCCGUUCUUCUCUCAAUCGUCGGCGUUCAUCACUGAACUGGACGUGUCUGACAACCGCAUACCGUCUCUCUCCGGCCUGUUGGACUCGCCCAGUAUCACCGACUCGUUCUCCCAUCUUCUCUUUCUCAACAUCUCGCACAACAAGCUGUCGUCCUUCCCCAUGGAGCUAGCACGGCACCUGGUCGGCCUUCGUCACCUGCAGAUGUCCUACAACUCGAUGAUGGUCUUCCCGCCGUCGCUCUUCCAACUGCAGCAGCUGGAGCGCCUGGGCCUGUCGCACAAUCAGAUCUCGUCGUUGGAGUACUUCACGCGCUCGCUGAUUCGCACGCAGACAAUGCUGUCAAGCGCUCCGGACGACGACGCGUCGAAAGACUUCACCCCACAGACAUCACCACUCAAUGCCAGUUUCUAUGACGAGAGCAGUGUGUUAGAGCUGGAGAAUCAGCAGCACCGACUGCCAGCAAUUCCACUAGCCGAGCCAUUGAAUGAUCUCACCGAGCUCCACCUGUCUGAGAAUUUCCUUGAAGUACUACCGGCCGACUUCUCCGCAGCCUUCCCAUUCCUGAAGCAGCUACUGUUGAACGACAAUCGCCUCAGCAGACUACCGGUGGGGGCGUUGCAGUUCAACCGCCUCACCAAGCUAGAUCUCUGCGGCAAUCGCAUCACAGAGCUCACAGACGAUCUCUUCUAUGGCUGCACGUCGCUGGAGUCUCUCAAAGCCGACAACAACGAGAUAAGCUCCCUGCCGUCUGGCGAGUGUGCCGAGACCCUGGAAUCCCUCGUUCAUCUCAGCCUGGCCAAUAACAAGCUGGCGCGGCCUGCCAUGGACUACCUACCAGGGUUUAUACUGCAGCUACCGCGCCUACGCUAUCUUGACAUUAGCCACAACGAGCUGACAGGCCUGCCUUCACCAUCGCUUUGGCAAUCGAAAGGACUGCGGUCUGUUGUUGCUGCUAACAAUUCCAUCCGCGCGCUCCACCUUGGAGAGCAUCCCGGCAGCUGCUGGGGUGUGAUUGAUCGCUUGGACUUGCAGAACAACCUGCUCGCGGAGAUCCCCGGCAACAUUGGAGAUCUGGACACACUCUCGUCAUUCAACGUCGACGGGAACGACGGCAUUCAGGUGCUCCCUGCCUCGUUUGGCAAGCUGAAAAAGCUCUGGGAGUUCCCACGCCAUAAGCUGCCCAAUCUGGAGCUAGAUGCGGCGUUGAAGAACGCAAGGACCCGCGAGAUCGUCAACUACAUGGAGGACCGCUUUCACAACUCGGCGCCAUACUAUCGCAUACGUAUGCUAGUGGUGGGCCGAGCCGGGCAGGGCAAGACCUCGCUGGUGCGUUACAUUACCGGCAAUCUGGCCAUUGGCUCGGAAGCAGCUGCUGGCGGCGGCGGUGCACUGGACACCCUGUCCUCUCCCGCUAAGACCUUGAACAGGCGUAGAGCUGGCCCGUCAGCUAGCGGUAGUGCUGGUGGCCCUGCACAGUCCGUGGCGACCGUCGGCGUGUCGGUGAACGACUGGAAAUGCUACCGGCGUGUACGCGGCAAACAGCUGCCCUACACGAUCAGCUGCUGGGACUUUGCCGGCCAAGAGGAGUACUACAGCACCCACCAGUGUUUCCUGUCCUCACGCUCCCUCUACCUGGCUGUCUAUAACAUGAUGGAUGAGAGGGCCAUCGAGAAGCUACGGCCCUGGCUGCUCAACAUCCAGGCCCGAGCCCCCGGCUGCCCUGUCCUAGCCGUCGGCACGCAUAUGGAUCAGGUGGAUCCCGCGCAGAGUCAACAGCUUAUCGCCAAGCUGAAGAACAGGCUUGAUCGCAUGCGUGGAAAAGCGGGCAUGCCCAAGAUCGUCCGUCACGAAUUCGUGGACGCGUCGAAGAAGAACCAGAGCAUUGCCGCGCUGCGCGUUUCCAUCUUCAAAGCCAUCGAGGAUGCCAAGACGGCGAGCGGCCAGCCGAUUCUCGGUGGCCUGGUACCGGCCGUCUACCUGGCUCUGGAAGACCGCAUUGUGCAGGAGGCUAAGCGGCUGCGCCUGGAGAACUCGGCGUACCCGAUCAUUCACGAGCGGCGCAUGCGGCAGCUGGCGCACGAGAUCACCAGCAAGGACUACGGAGCGGAGAAGCUCACCAAGGAGAAGAUGGCGCAGGCGGUGUGCUUUCUGCACGAAGCAGGCGUAUUACUGCACUAUGAUGAUGCUCAGUCACAUCUCAGUGACCUGUACUUCCUGGACCCGGAAUGGCUUUGCAGCAUGAUGGCCAAGAUUGUCACUCACAAGGAGGUCAACGGCUUCUUGCGAGAUGGCAUAAUGGAGCGCUCUCAAGUCGACCACCUGUUCGGUGAGGAGCGCAAACGCCUGCCCACCAAGUUCAUACCGCAGUACCUGCGCCUGCUGGAACGCUUUGAGAUUGUCCUGUCGCACGAGAAGGACGGCAAGCCCUACUUGCUGAUCCCGUCGCUACUUCCCACCAAGCGGCAGGUGUCGGCGUGUCCGGGCUUUGGCCCCCGGCGCAUUAUCCGCCACUACCAGAUGCCGUACAUCCCGCUGGGCUUCAUGGCGCGCCUGAUAGCCCGUCUGUACCUGUUUGCCGACUCGAUGCUCGACACGAAGCCGGUGAAGGCCAUCUGGCGUUCCGGCGUGCACAUGCUGUGGCACCAUCAAGCGUACUGCAUCGUGGAGGUCACCGGCAAGGAGGAGAACCGGCUGGAGGCGAGCACCGGUGGCUUCAACUUUGACUGCACCACGGACACGAUCGUGAUCGAGGUGACGUGCAACCCGAGUGGCCGUCAGCUGCUCGGCUACCUGGCCGACAACUUUGACACGCUCGUCGAGGAGUGGUACUCGGGCCUGAGCGAGUGUGACCUCCAGGGCAACGCGCUCAUACGGUCCUAUGCCGUCUGCCCGGACUGCGCCGAGGUGCCGAUCGACCCCUCGUCCGGCGAAGUCAUGGACAGCUACCGCUUCCCGUUGGACGACCUCGUGGUUCAGUCGGAGGGUAGUACGACGGCGGAGUGCCCCUUCCACUGUAGCCCCGUGCCCAUCCGCGACCUGGCGCCGGAUAUCAUGCUCGGGGACUUGCCCGACUCGCUCAUUCUCGAUCCGGACAAGUUGCAGUUUGACGCGCAGUCUGCACAUCGCCUCGGUAAGGGCGGCUUUGGUGACGUGUUCCGCUGGACCUACGCCGGCCGAGCGGUGGCUGUCAAGGUGUUCAAGUCACGCGGUGGUGACAGCACGAGCAGCCCGAACCGCUUGCUGCGUCAGGAAGUACAGGUCAUGCGUCACCUGCAGCACCCCAGCGUUAUCGACCUGGUCGGCGUGCAGCUCCAGCCGCGCUACCUCAUCAUGGAGCUGGCACCGCAGGGAUCGCUGCGCUCCAUUCUCGAACGCCAGGAGCCGCUCUUCCGGCCCGUUCAGCACCGCAUCGCCUUGCAGGUGGCCGAGGGUCUGGAAUUCCUGCACCGCAAGCGUAUCCUGUACCGCGACCUGAAGUCGGACAACGUGCUCAUCUUCUCCACCAAUGCCACGGCCACGAUCAACGCCAAGAUCUCCGACUACGGCAUCUCUCGGUUUGCGUGUCCGGCCGGCCUGGCUGCCACUACUGGUACUGCCGGCUACAGGCCGCCGGAGAUGAUACGCGCACGCGGAAAGACGGCCUACGACUUUUCGGCUGACAUCUACUCAUUUGGUCUGUUCCUCUUCGAACUGGCCACCAAUGGACAACGACCAUUCGAGGAGCUCGACUUUCCCGUGGAGCUGGACAAUCGGUAUCUUGAGGAGGCUCCCAUACCGCAGCUAACCGAGUGUGGUUGUAGUGCCUGGCCUGACAUGCAAGAUUCCAUUGCUCAGUGUCUGCAACUACGUCCCGACCAACGGCCAACCGCGUCAAAUCUCGUCCAGCGCUUCAGCUCAUCCGAGUCGCUGUGCCUGCGACAGGCGAUACCCGUGUCGAUGGGCCUCUCUGUGCAGGCGUUGGCUGUACGGAACUAUCGCGAUAACAAGGGCAAUGAACGCUGUCAGGUGUGGAUUGGCAGCGGUAGCACGGCGGGCCAAGGCAGUCAGCUGAGUAUCUACGAUCUGAGUGAGCGACCCUCACCGCCGUCCGGCAUGGCGCUCUCCGACCGCCUCGUCCUCUGCAUGAUCUCCGUCUCCCUCAACAGCAAACCUCUGCUCGUGCUGGUAGGCUGCCUGUCCGGCAACAUCUGGUGUUACGAUGCGGACAAGGGCCGGCAGCAGCGCCCCACCUGCAUUGCGUGCAUGAAGGAUGCUAUUGUGUGCAUGCUACACUACGACGAUAGCCAGGAGGUCAACGUCAUCGUGGCCGGCCUGGCUAACGGCACGCUGGCGAUACUGGAGGUUGGCCAGCUGCUGGAUGCCAGCAGCGGCAACAGCGCACAGUUCCAGGUGAUCCAGCUCGGCGCCGAGCCCGUCAUGGACGUGUGCAUGUACAAGCGGCAGCUGUGGUGCGCCUGUGGGCCACGCGUUCUCGUACUGGACAUGCAGAAACGCCAGACAGUCUUCAGCUGGGCAGUGACCGGGGAGAAGAGCAAGAUCUCGAACCUCGCCAUUGCGAACGACCUUGUCUGGACAUCAGUGAAGGGCAGCGCUGUCAUACGCGUCUGGUCUGCCUCGGAUCCUAUCGGCCGAGAGCGAGGAGAGAUGGAUUGCCUUGACUUUAUCUGUGCACGUGAGCCGCUGGAAGAAGAGAAGCGUAUCAAGGCCACCGACUGGCAUGUUGUCAGUCUUGCAUUAGAUGGUGGCUCUCUGUGGGUUGGUAUGAGCAGUGGCCACAUUCUUGUUGUCGACGUCGCCAAGCGUAAGGCUCAGAGUGUGGUACAGCGGCAUGACAGAGCUGUAAGGUGUCUUGCGCAAGUGAAGCUCCGCUCUGGCGACAAGUCACUGUCGUAUGUUCUAUCCGGUGCAAUGGGAUACCUUCCGCGGCCGGGAAUGAAGGAAGCUGCUUUCCGCCGAGAGGGCGUGUCCUUCCAAUCCUCCGACUCCACGUACGGCCAUCUUCUCGUGUGGGACGCGAGUCUCGGGAAGAUGCAGAUUCGCAUGAGCGCUGACCAUGCCAAGCGGCACUCCAUCAUACCAACGAGACGAGCUGGAGCUGGGGCAGGAGGCAACGGCCAGGUGCACACGCCGUUGACGCCGAAAUCACCGUCGGUGCCCGAGCGACGCAAGUCGUCAUUAUUCCGUAGCUUAUCCGCAUAUAGCCCCCGCUCGCUUAUGUCCAUAGCGAGCAAUCCGUCAACGCCAAAGCCGGCGAAGCGCACGUCCACACAAAACGUACCGCUCACACCGUCUUUUCUCGCUCUGGACAGCGAAGCAUCGGAUGGAUCGUUUGAUGCACGCGAUUCCCCCGCCUCUCCCAGCGGCGGCCUGCUUUUCCAGUAAGGUGCCGCCUGUAGAUGUGCUUCUGUUCUGUUGUGGCAUGUACACAUGCACACAUGCAUUUUUAAUAGAAAAUAUAUGGUAUGUCAGUCUUUCUACCUCUCUACCCCUCUCUCUCUCUCUCUCUCUCUCUCUCUCUCUCUCUCUCUCUCUCUCUCUCUCUCUCUCUCUCUCUCUCUCCAUCCUUCUAACUCUACCCCCGCUCUCACACACUCGCUUCAUCUCCUUCCCGCUCUUCCCUGCCACCUCACGUUUUCUUGGGCUGGCUCUGAUCUCCUCUUGUUUCCUGAUCAGUAGUACUGUACAGUCGUGUAGCACACAGGCAUGCUGUAUUGCCGUGAUGCCCUCUCCAAGCAGGCAUGCUGUAUUGCCGUGAUGCCCUCUCCAAGCAGGCAUGCUGUAUUGCCGUGAUGCCCUCUCCAAGCAGGCAUGCUGUAUUGCCGUGAUGCCCUCUCCAAGCAGGCAUGCUGUAUUGCCGUGAUGCCCUCUCCAAGCAGGCAUGCUGUAUUGCCGUGAUGCCCUCUCCAAGCAGGCAUGCUGUAUUGCUGUGAUGCCCUCUCCAAGCAGGCAUGCUGUAUUGUCGUGAUGCCCUCUCCAAGCAGGCAUGGCUUAGAACUUGUAGUCAUGCUCUGCCACCACUGUGAAGUUUCAGUAGCGUGUAUCCAUAAAGCCGAUUGUUUGCUGUCGCUUUGUUUUCGUUGGCCGCUUGCUUUUAUCGCCGGGCCAGGCAUGCUGUUUACUGCUGCAAGUGGGUGUUGUUGUUUUGUUUUUUUCAUGCCAGAUUGUCGUUCUUGUUGUGUCCUAGCCACGCCAGCUGGUCUGGUGGAGUCUUUUCAAUUCAAGCGCUUCUAAUCAAAAUGGAACCGAUUGUUUUACUUGCGUACCUGCACCCUGCUAGCUCAUUAACCAAAGUCCUGCACAUGUGCAUGCAGCUAGCUUUAAAUAAAGUUCAUAUACAUAACUAUAUCAUGAUGCCUUUACUCCACUUGUCUCUUCCUCGCACAUAUUCCUAGCAGUAUACCAAGACAGCAUGCAAUCAAGCAUAGAGGCCGCUGCGCCGGUCAUGCUACUUAUAUUAAUUUUCGUUAUUGUUUUUUUUCUUUUACUUUGCGACCAGUUAUACUUGAGCUUCUGUUUUGUGCCUCGUCACCGCCGUCGUUGGUGCAUGCUAUAUCUACUGACAUGUUGCCUGGUCCGGUUCCUCCGUGUGUUAUAAGUCUUUUGAUCUUUGGACACCCGUAUCAUAGCCGAAGUUACGCCUCAAGUGGCCUUUUUUUAAUAAGUUCUUAACUUUUAAAAUUUGUCUCUCUACUUUUUUUUGAAAAUAUAUUCUUAUUUGAAACUUUCAUGCCCAGGCAUACUCCUCUCUUUCUUUCUUUCUCAGUUUCUUGUCUUCAACUUGCACAGCAUUUUAAAUUUAUUCCAAAUAUAUAAUAAACAAUCCCCGCAAGCGUAUGUUGUUUCUACUCACCUCGUAUGUUGUACUCUUACAGUUUGACAAUGCAACGUCUAAGAUAUGAA